CGUGGCACCGUGUUCCCGCCAAACUGCUCCAAACACGAGGAUAUUUUCCAAUUAUUAAGUUCGAUUGCUUAAUUCGGUGAACGAAAAACUUGUGAGUAUUCGUGAUAUUUUGUAAAAGUGAUUGCAAUUUGAGUGAAAAAAUCAUGAAUAGGAAAAGUUUUACGGGUCCUCCGGCUAAAAAAGUUAAAUCUGGGGACGAUGAUGAUACUCCGUCCACAUUUGAAUCGGAAUUGGCAUCAAUGCUCGACGGAAUCGACGAUGAAAUGCUAUUUGAUCCUAUCGUGGAGAAAGGAGAAGGACCAGAGCAGGAAAACACUUCUGCAAAGUGGAGCAGACCUCCGCCUCCGAUUUUAAAUCCUACGAAAGACUCAUUAGCUUUCCAGCAAUUAGAUGUCGAUCACUACACAGAUCAACCGCUACCUGGAAUGCCAGGAAGUAAAGUAGGUCCUGUCCCAGUGAUGAGAUUGUAUGGAGUCACGGAAGAAGGCAACUCUGUAUGUUGUCACGUUCACGGAUUUUGUCCAUAUCUUUUUGUUACUGCUCCGCCUAAAUUUACAGACCAUCACUGUGGAUCCUUCAAGGAGGCUCUUAACAAUGCAACGAAAAGGGAUAUGAGAUCCAAUCCUGACAACGUUCAGGAGGCCAUUUUAGCAGUCGAACUAGUCCAUAGGCAAAGUGUUUAUGGGUAUUCAGGAGAGGAAAAGGCGCCGUUCCUUAAAAUCACUGUCGCUUUGCCGAAAUUGAUAGCCGCUUGUAAAAGAUUGUUAGAGAACGAAGUGGUUUAUUCUGCUUUUAAUCACACUUAUCAGGCCUUCGAAAGCAAUAUUGAUUUUGACAUUAGAUUUAUGGUUGACACUCAUAUGGUUGGAUGUUCGUGGGUCGAAUUGAAACCUGGAAAGUGGAAGCUGCGUGGACGUGACAAUCACGGGUUGCCUAUAACUUCAAGAUGCCAAUUGGAAGUUGAUGUAGCCUGGGAUGCUUUUGUGGCUCACCCACCCGAAGGCGAGUGGUCCAAAGUCGCUCCUUUCAGAAUUCUUAGUUUCGAUAUUGAAUGCGCUGGUCGUAAAGGAAUAUUUCCUGAGCCAAAUCACGAUCCUGUUAUCCAGAUUGCGAACAUGGUGAUUAGGCAAGGCGAAGCUGAACCCUUUCUGCGAAAUAUUUUUACCCUGGACACCUGUGCACCUAUUGUUGGAUGCCAGGUGCUUAGUUACCAAACUGAACAACAAAUGUUACAGAAAUGGGCAGAAUUCAUCAGGCAAUUAGACCCAGACAUCUUUACUGGUUAUAACAUCAAUAAUUUCGAUUUUCCUUAUCUAAUUAAUCGAGCCCAACACUUGAAAGUAAAGGACUUCAAUUUUUUGGGACGGAUAAAGAAUAUUAAAUCAGUUAUCAGGAAUCAAGUGCUUCAAAGCAAACAGAUGGGACGUCGAGAAAACAAGCAUGUUAAUUUUGAAGGAAGAGUGCCUUUCGAUUUAUUAUUGGUUUUAGUACGAGACUAUAAAUUGAGAUCGUAUUCCUUGAAUGCUGUGAGUUACCACUUUCUGCAGGAACAGAAAGAGGACGUGCACCAUAGUAUUAUUACUGAUUUGCAGAAAGGAAACUCACAAACUCGUCGUCGGCUUGCUGUUUAUUGCUUAAAGGAUGCUUACUUGCCUCUCAGGUUAUUAGACAAGUUGAUGUGCAUCAUCAUCUAUAUGGAGAUGGCAAGAGUAACUGGAGUUUCCUUGUCUACUUUGUUGACAAGAGGUCAGCAGAUAAAAGUUGUCUCGCAACUCUUGAGAAAGACUCAAGAACAAGGAUAUCUCAUCCCAACUCAUCAAGGUCAAGGGUCGGACGAACAGUUCGAAGGAGCGACUGUGAUAGAGCCAAAGCGUGGAUAUUACAGCGAUCCAAUCGCGACUUUGGAUUUCAGUUCGCUAUAUCCAAGCAUCAUCAUGGCCCACAAUUUGUGUUACACAACUCUCUUGACUGCCAGUUCGCAACAUAAAUUACAACUUCCUGAGGACCAAAUCACAAGAACCCCUCACAAUGCAAUGUUCGUUAAAUUCCCUGCGAGAAAAGGAAUCUUACCCGAAAUUCUAGAAAAUUUAUUGACUGCCAGAAAAGUCGCGAAAGCAGAGUUGAAGAAAGAGCAAGAUCCCUUGAAAAAGAAAGUCUUGGACGGAAGACAGUACGCUUUGAAAGUUUCUGCGAAUUCUGUUUACGGUUUCACGGGAGCACAAAUGGGGAAACUGCCCUGCUUAGAAAUAUCUGCCAGUGUGACUGCUUAUGGAAGAACAAUGAUCGAGAAGACGAAGCAGGAGGUGGAAGAUCAUUAUUGUAAAAAGAAUGGAUACAAGCACGAUGCAAAUGUCAUUUACGGUGACACUGAUUCCGUGAUGGUCAAGUUUGGUGUAACGGACAUUCGAGAAGCGAUGGAUCUUGGCAGAGAGGCUGCUGAGUAUGUUUCCUCGAAAUUCAUUAAACCGAUUAAACUCGAAUUCGAAAAGGUCUAUUAUCCUUAUCUCUUAAUUAAUAAGAAACGCUACGCUGGCCUGUAUUUUACGACGCCAGAAAAAUACGACAAGAUGGACUGCAAAGGAUUGGAAACCGUUAGGAGAGAUAACUGUCCACUUGUUGCGAACAUGAUGAACACCUGCUUGCAAAAGUUGCUCAUUGACAGAAACCCGGACGAAGCAGUCGACUACGCAAAGCAAAUAAUCAGCGACCUCCUCUGUAAUCGAAUUGAUAUUUCCCAGCUUGUCGUCACGAAAGAAUUAACGAAAACUGAAUACACAGCGAAACAAGCUCACGUCGAAUUAGCAGCCAAAAUGAAGAAAAGAGACGCCGGGACAGCCCCGAAACUUGGGGACCGAGUUCCCUACGUUUUCAUAAACGGUCCCAAAGGAACCCCUGCGUAUCAGAAAGCAGAGGAUCCCAUUUAUGUUUUAGAAAACAGUAUCCCUAUCGACACGAAUUACUACCUACAGAAUCAAUUAUCGAAGCCCUUGGUUCGAAUUUUUGAACCAAUUCUUGGAGAUAAAGCAGAAUCUCUUCUUUUAAAAGGCGAACACACUCGCACCAAGACAAUCGCUACUUCUCGGGUUGGUGCUUUGGUCGCGUUCACUCGUAAGAAGGAAACUUGCAUCGGUUGCAAGGCAGUUUUAACACAAGACCGGGAAAAAUUAGCUCUUUGUAAAUUUUGUGAAGAAAAAGAAAAUGAAUUUUUUGAAAAGGAAGUUGCAGUAGGCAGAAAGUUGGAGGAGAAAUUUUGCAGAUUGUGGACUGAGUGUCAGAGGUGCCAAGGAAGUCUUCAUCAGGAAGUUUUAUGCACUAGUCGUGACUGUCCCAUUUUCUACAUGAGGAAAAAAGUUCAGAUGGAUUUGGAUUCACAAAUGAAGAGAAUCGACAGAUUUGGAGUUCCUGAGUGGUAGUCGAAGAGCAGAAUCAUGUGUUAACAUUUUUUUAAUUUGUAUUAUUCGUUUUUAGAUCAUUAGACUAUUUAUUUUUUUAUCUGCGCAAUUCCGAUUGUAUAUACGAGUACUUUUAGUUUGAGUCCUGUUCAGCAGACCUUUAUCUGUAUGAGGCGGUAAAUUCGCGCGAUUAUAGGCGUACUGGAUUGAAUCCUUGUGAUAAGAUACGGAAUAAAAUUUAAUUUUCUAUUGAA